AUGGCCGAGACGUGCAUAGUCUGCCUCGGCGAUCUCGUCCCCCGAGACGACGGCCCUACCGCCACCGUACCACCGCUCGCGAUCCACUCCCUUGAGAAUAGUGCUGAUGUCCCAGCCGGACACCAACAUGAUGCCAAGAACAAAGACGUGGCUGUAUCCUCUGUCAAGGACGAGGACAUGGUAGCACAUUUGCUUCCAUGUGGCCAUGACCUGCACAAUGACUGUCUCAAGCCUUGGGUCGAGCGAGCGAACAGCUGCCCUAUAUGCCGAGCCAGUUUCAACAUGGUCGAGCUCAGCGCAUGCGUUGGAGGCCCCAAGAUUUCCGAAUACACCGUCCAAGACAAGCAGCAAGUCGCCGAUAUCGAUCCAUCCAUGAUCAUCGAGGAGGACUAUACCCUCGAAGAUGAUGGAAGUUAUGACGCAUGUAUGGUCUGCGACGAGUUUGGCGACGCGUCACAACUCAUGUACUGCCACAGCUGCGAGCAACUGUGCCAUGUCUUCUGCGCUGGGCUUGACCGGAUGCCCUCGCGUGGCCCCUGGUACUGUCAGGGCUGUGUCGAGAACCCCGGUUUGCUCGAGGCUGCAUCCAGACGACGACCUGCUAUCCGAGGCCCGGCUGCCUGGAUUAAUGGUAGAAGCCGUGUGCCCCGCCACAAUCAAGCCCCUGAUGAAUGGGUAGGAGUUUGGCAGAGCGUUUGGGACCGCUUACAGUUCGAUAUUGAAUUUCCCUUUGACGAAGAAGAGCAGUCUGAGAACCAGUCCGAUGUUACGCGCCGCGAGGAUCGCAGAUGGGAAGAACGCAUGCGUGUAGCGCGGCGGGCAGGAGCAGGCAAUCGAUUCCAGAUGGUCACUGAUAACGUUGUCACUGGGAGACGCCGCAACUCCAACCUAACAGCACAGCCUACCAACCGAACAUUACAUCACGACCCGCCAAAAACGCCAAAAGAUCCCGAAUCACAGGAAGAAUUACGCGCGUGGAACCAAUUCGAAAAGGCUCGCGAACAACUCGCUCAGGCCGAGGCACAACCUGCACCCAGUGUGGCGAGCACAAGCAGUCGACGGGCACGCAAGCGGAAGUCUAUUGAUUCUUCUGCAGAGUCGGAGCCUCGCGAGCAGAAACCAGAGCGCAAGUUGAAGCGUCCUCGGACACGUAUACAUGUGGACAAUGGGGAGUCAUCAGCGGCGGCGGCUCGUCGCAAUACCGCUGCGCAUGCGCCUGCAGCGGCGGCGGCAUCAUCGCCACCAGCUGCAAAUGGCGAAUCAUCUGCCCCUGCUCCUGGCUUUUUGCAAUCUCUCUUGCAAGAAGUCGAGGUGGAUCGGUUUGCCGAGCGCGAUAAGGAGAUUGCCGCCCCUCAGCCUCGGCGCAUUAUCGUUGAACGUGCUUGCUCGCCACAGCACUCAUCACCGGGACUAUCUCCCGUCUAUCAUACACUCCCUGGCAUGACGACACCGCCACCUUUGAAUCUCGCUCGUACUGCGUCACCUGCGCAAAAGGAGGCCCAACUGUCACCCACUUACUCACCAUACUCGCCCGCAGACGACGAUCGCGCUGGUCGCCGUAAGCUCGCGCAUCGCUCUGUUGGUCUUAGCAGCCCGCCCCGCUCCAAGGACUCGUCACCUAUCCGUCCAUCACUUUCCUACUCCACCAAGGCUGAACUGCAGCGCAUGGUGACUGCAGUCUUGAAGCCAUUGUACCUAAAAAAGGAAGUUUCAAAGCAGGAAUACACAGAUGUGAAUCGCGAUGUAUCACGCUUGCUGUACGAAAAGGUUGGCGAGGCGGGCGCCGACGCACUUGCUGACCAAGACACUCGCGAAAAGUGGCAGAAGAUGGCUAGCAGCGAGGUACACAAUGCUAUCAAGGCAUUGCCGCGCAACCUGGCUGGAGCACUUUCGCCUGCUGCUGACGACUCUGCUUCAUCGUCUGGGUAA